UGGGCUGUACGAUGAGGACAAGAAUACAAGGUAUUGACUUGAGUUCAUGGUACUCCAUGAAGGCUUUCUAAACUAAACCGAGUGUCAACAAAAAGAUGGUUCGGCCUGACUUCCUUGCUGGGUGGUUAUAAACCAAAGUUUUCUUCUUGAUCUUUGCGGUUCAUUUCCCAUGAUCAUGGCAGAGAGAUCCUGGUUCUCUGAAUUUUCCUUCUUGAGUCUAACAUAGAACAUUGGCUGAUCCAAAACUCUGCCUCUCCAUUCUUGAUGCUUUUCAUCCUCAAAAAUCCACUAACGGCUUCUUUGAGAAGAAUCAGUUUCUUAAAGCAUAUGCAAUAUGCUUGUACAUCACUAGGAAAAAGGGAGACAUCCCGUUUUGUGACUCAUAGGGUUCUAGCAUUUUGAUAGCGAAGGAUUCUUUUCUACAAGACCAAAAAGAAAGGCACAAAGUGGUGGGAAACCUUCAUUUCCCUGAUCUUUGGAUUGAGAGAAUGUCUUGCUCCAGAAUACCAGAACUUCCAGCUGUCAUUAUUGACAAUGGAUCGGGGUUGUGCAAAGCUGGUCUGUCUGGAGAGCAAGCUCCUCGAGCCGUCGUUGCGACGGUUGUGGGCUACCCCAAAUCCCAAGCCAUCAUGUUCGGCCCAGUACAGAGGGAGUUUUAUGUUGGCAAAGAAGCCCAAGUCAAGAGAGGUAUCUUAUCUUUCAAAUAUCCUGUGGAGCAUGGAAUAGUCACCUCCUGGGAUGACAUGGAGAAAAUCUGGAGGUACAUAUACAAGCAUGGGCUGAGACUGAGAGCCCAAGAGCGGCCGGUGCUAUUAACGGAAGCACCCAUGAAUCCCAUGCCCAACAGAGAAAAAAUGACAGAGAUCAUGUUUGAGCAUUUCCAGGUGCCGGCCAUGUUUGUGGGGCUGCAAGCCUUAAUGGCCCUCUAUGCUUCUGGUCGUACCACUGGUUUAGUCUUAGAUAGCGGAGAUGGUGUCACGCUGACUGUGCCCAUCUACAAAGGCCAUUGCUUGCUUCAUGCCAUUUCCAGGUUGAACUUUGCAGGCUGGGAUAUCAUGAAACAUUUAGCGAUGCUGCUCUUAGAGACUGGCCAUACCUUUUUGAGCUCUGCUGAGAAGGAGAUUGUGAAGGACAUCAAAGAGAACCUGUGCUAUGUAGCGUUAGACCCUGAGCAGGAGAAAGACAAAAAGCUGGCUCAAACCUACACUCUCCCUGAUGGAAAUCCUGUCAAAAUUGGGGACCAGCUCUUCAGAGCACCAGAGACCCUUUUCAGCCCAGGGGAUGCUGGAGUCACAGCACCCGGGGUCCACCAGAUGAUCGCGGACAGCAUCUCCAAAUGUGACGGCAGCAUCCAGCAGGCCCUCUGGAAGAAUGUGGUCCUGGCAGGAGGGUCUACCCUUUUCCCUGGCCUAAGGGAAAGACUUCUAAAGGAACUCCAGACUCUUGCACCCAAAGGCAUGUUGGCCAAAGUGGAGGCACCAGGAGAUAGGAUGUUCUCUGUCUGGAUUGUUGCAUCGGUGCUCACCAGCCUGGCUUCGUUUAAUGACAUGUGGGUCACCCGGCAGGAAUACAAGGAGAUCGGGUGCACCGUCCUGCAGAAGAAAUGCUUCUGAGAAGAAUAAAAGGACAACUAGA